AUGGCACAGGUGGACCCCCAGGAUGGACAGCAUGAGGCAUCUCCUCUCUGCAUAUAUGACCCCCGGAUGCUGUGCAUGAACUUGGACAGUGAGGAUGAGGAACAUGGACAGGCAGGAGACAAAGGGGGCACUGGCGACACUGGUCAGCAGGCCCAUUCAAGGCUCAGCUCCCAAGGGACUCAGGACAAAACUGACUUGCCACGGCAGCAUCCGUUCCGCAAAAAGGAAGAGAAAUUCUCUGACUCCUUUAGUGCAGGAGUCGUGGGGAAGAAACCCAUGGCAAUGCCUAGGAGGAAGGCCAGCUGGGAAAGAGGUGAGUCAAGGAUCACCCCGACUCAGGACUCCCCCAGAGCAAGCACAGUUCCCAGUGCUCUCCCCAGGUUCGGUCAGAUGCAACCUCCUAGGGACCCAUUACCUGCUGGUAAUGAUGGAGACUGGAGGGCAAACCUGGACGCUGCGCUAGGUGUCCCAUCCAACUUCCCCGGUUCUGGAAGGUAUUUCUGUGCCCAGAAAGGGGUAGACAAGUCCCCAGACAGCUCCUCUCCAGCGUGUGUCCCCAAGGCGGCGGGCGGUUGGGACCCCUCCACGCAGGAGACACGUAUACCAGCCCAGGGGUCGGCCACCCCGGCCAACCUGGCAGCGGAGGCGCUGGCCAAAGUGCGGAAGGGCUUUAAGGAGGAGAACCCGGCGGGCGCCACGCCUUACGCGUGCGAGCUGGGCGGGAAGGUGUACUCCCACCGGGGCACUCUCCAGCAGCACCAGCGCGUGCACUCGGGCGAACGGCCCUGCCGGUGCCCCUUCUGAGACAAAGCCUACACCUGGUCCUCGGACCACCGCAAGCACAUCCGCGCGCACACGGGCGAGAAACCCUACCCUUGCCCGGACUGCGGCAAGGCCUUCGUGCGCUCCUCCGACCUGCGCACACACCAGCGCAACAUGCACAGCAACGACAAGCCCUUCCCGCGUGCCGAGUGCGGCCUGACCUUCAACAAGCCGCUGUCGCUGCUUCGCCACCAGCGCACGCACCUGGGCGAGAAGCCCUUCCACUGCCCCACCUGCGAUCGGGAGUUCGCCGUGGCCAGUCGGAUGAUGGAGCAUCAACGCGUGCCCUCGGGCGAGCGGCCCUUCCCCUGCCCCACCUGCGGCAAGUGCUUCACCAAAUCCUCCAACCUGAUGGAGCACCAGACGCUGCACACAGGCCAGAGGCCCCUCAAGUGCGCCGACUGCGGCGUGGCCUUCGCGCAGCCCUCGCGCCUCGCGCGCCACCAGCGCAUCCACACGGGCGAGAGGCCCUUUCCUUGCGCGCGGUGUGGUCAGGCCUUUGCGCCCUCCUCCACGCUGAAGCGGCACCAACAGAUCCACUCCGGGAAGAAGGGCUUCCUCUGCGCCGAGCGCGGCAGGGCUUUCCGCAUUGACUCGGAGCUGGCCCAGCGCAUUCGGUUGCACAACGGGGAGAGGCCCUACCAGUGUGAGGACUGCGGCCAGGCCUUCACCCGCUGCAACCACCUCCAACGACACCGAGCCAAGCACCGCAGCUGCAAGAAGGAGCCCAUCUCCUCCUCCUUGGACGAGUGA